CCGCGAUCGUAUAUAGUUCGUUAGUUUGGCACCAUGGAGGAACAAAAGUGCAGAAAUAUAGAAAGUAUAUUAACAGAAAAACAUUUAAAAACCAUUAUGCAUCGUGCCUCCUUGGAUGGGUGGAAAUUUUUAGGUUAUGACGUAAAACCUGCUUCGAUAGGUCUUGCAGGAUUUCUAGGGGAUCAUUUCAAAAUUGUGGUCCAUUUACAAAAUGCUGGCAUCACGAAGAAAUUGUAUCUAUUUGCGAAGUCGAUGCCGUUGUUAAAUAAACCGAAGGCGGAUUUUAUUACGGAUUAUAAUUUUUUUCGGCGGGAAAAUCUUGUAUACAAGUUAUUCGAGGAUAUGGGUGUGACAGAUUCCGACAACUGGUGCACAAAAGCGUACAUACACACGGACACAAUGUUGGUACUGCCUGACCUCUCCAUCCUCGGCUACAAGACCGUACCCACAGAACAAUUCUUCGACUUAAAGCAUGCGUUAAUAGCCGUGAAGUCGUUAGCCCAGUUCCACGCUAAAUACGCGUGCUACGAAGCUAAUCAACAGAAAACAAUAUAUGAAGACCACAAAGAAGUUCUUAAAGAAUCUGCCUUUAUCGAUGCACCAUGGCUACGAGCUGCUGCGAAAUUAACCUGCAGUCUGCUCCGAGAAUUCUCAACAAAAACCAUAGAUGAAGACACACUAGCGAACCUGUUUUUAAAAGCAUGCGACGAUCUAACAGUCAGCAAGGACAGCAUCAACGUUAUUCUCCAUAGAGAUUUGUGGACCAACAACAUACUAUUUCGUCAUGAGGAUGAUGAGCCGAAAGAAGCUGUCUUAGUAGACUUCCAAUGCAUCAGAUACGGUCCACCAGCGUUUGACUUGAUGAUAUUACUCUAUCUCACAACGACAAAGCAGUUCCGAGAGUUCCAUGAAAAGGAAGUGUUUAACCACUAUUACACAGUUUUUACCCAAUAUUUAGACGACACUAUGAAGGGAAAAUUAAAGGAUUACAAUUACGGGAGGUGGGACUUCUUUAACUGGUGCGAAAGGGCUAGAAUGUUCGCGAUGAUGGAGGCAAUGGCUAUAUUUCCCUUUGUGUUAAUGGACCCUUCGUUAGCGGAGAAGACUUUUGACGAUCCUGACACGUUUAAGAAGCACGUGGAAGAAGACAGGUGUAAGCCGGUGCUGGAUUAUGCUCGACAGAGUAAGUUUUAUAGAGAGAAGAUGUUGGAAGUAAGUGAAGAAUUCGUGGAUAGGUACCAUUUGAAGCGUUUAUAAUUUUUUAAUUUGUUUAAGCUUUGUGUAAUUUGAUUUAAUAGUGUCGACUGAUACAGUCGUUUCUCUAGUACUUCAAUAUGUGAAAUUUAAUUACCUAAGCAAUGAGCUGAAUAUAAGUAGAUGUAUUAGGUAUAAAUAUACCAUCAAAGCCAUUUUCGUCAUCAGGACAUGUCCAAAAAAAAGGACUAACAAAGUUAGGUAUAGAAUUAGGAACAGUGUGGAUUAAAGAGCAUAAAUAUUAUUAUUUAAUGAAAUUAUUUCUGUUUCUCUUUUAUAAGUAUGUUAAUCAUUGUUGUUAUGUAAAUAAAUUUAAAAUUAUAUUUUUUGUUUUUAUAAGUAAUAAAGAUGUUUUGUUCGUU